AUGGCUGAAAAACCAUCCAUUACGAAAUUAAGAAAUAUGAUUUUUGUAUAUACCAUUGCGUGUUUUUCUGCCAUUGGCGGAUUUCUUUUCGGAUAUGAUAUUGGUGUUAUAUCAGGUAUUCUACCUAUGGAGCAAUUUCGUGGAACUUUUCCUAGUGGUCCUGCAAAAGAAGGAUCAAUAGUAGCAUCGCUUUUAGCAGGAUGCUUUGCCGGUGCAUUGAUUUCUGGAUAUUUGGCCGAUAAAAUUAGUAGAAAAUAUUCUAUGCUUGUCGGAUCACUGAUAUUUAUUAUCGGUGGUAUAUUACAAGCUACCACCAAUACAUUUGCUCAAUUAUAUGUUGGUAGAAUUAUUUCUGGUAUAUCUGUUGGAAUUGCAGUUUCUUUUUGGAUUGAUUACGGUUGUGAAAAGUUUUCUUCAGACUCACAAUGGAGAAUCCCUUUAGGUAUUCAAGUUAUUCCUGCCGCAAUUUUAGCUGUUAGUACAAUUUUCCUCCCAUUCUCACCACGUUGGUUACUGGAUCAUGAUAGAGAUGAAGAAGGAUUAAAGGUUAUUGCGGAUUUACGAUCAAAUGGAGACAAGUCUGAUGCAAAUGUCUUGAGCGAAUAUAAUGAAAUUAAAGAAAAUGUUAAAUUUGAACGUGAAUUUGCUGCAAAAAGUUAUUAUGAACUUGUUAAAAAAGGCCCAGAAAAUAUUAGAAGGAGAAUGAUUUUGGGCGUUGUUAUACAAGUAUUUCAACAAUUCACUGGAAUCAAUGCUAUAUUGUAUUAUGCACCUCAAAUUUUUGUAAAUGCCGGACUUGCAGAUAAUUCAUCAAGACUUCUUGCCACCGGAAUUAAUGGUGUAGUAAAUAUGUUAUGUACUAUUCCCUCUAUUAUUUGGGUUGAUAAAUGGGGUCGUAGGCCAACUUUUAUAUCAGGUGGAUUUUUGAUGGGAUGUGCCAUGUUAAUAAUCGGUAUAAUUCUAGGGGCUACAGGAAUAGAAUAUUAUGAUCCAAAACUUGCAAAAAAUUUUAUGAGAUUGGAUAGAAAAGCAUUGUCAGUGACAACGGCGGCAAAUUGGAUUUCAAACACAAUCAUAGGAUUUGUUGCACCAAUUAUGUUAAAUAAUAUUACUUGGGGAACUUAUAUAUUUUUUGGCAUAUGUUGUUGGUUAAUGGCGGUAGUUGUUCAUAUAUUUUUCCCAGAAACUAAAAAUAAAUCACUUGAAGAAAUGGACGAAUUGUUUGGUAAAAUCGAUAAAAAAACCACAAAAGAUCUUGAGUCAGCAGGGGGAGAUAAACGUGAAACUUCAGCUGAUAUAGUUAUCGAUUCUGAUGCAACAACAAAUACUUGA